CGGAAGAUUUUGCUGGCGACGCGCCUGUCAAGCUCAGAAACUGGUUCACUGUGAGCUAAUUUACAGUGCGAUGACUUCAUGGUCGUAGACAGAAACCCGUAGAGAUACAAGACGCCGGAGCAUGCAGAGCUGGCCGCACAGAGGCUCAGAGUCAGGCUGAGAUGGCCGAGGCUGAGUCCAGUCUCAUGUCUGCGGUGGCGCUGACCUGAUCAACACUUGGGGGGCUAACGCUAGCUGGCUAGCCUGCUAGCUUGUUUACUGCGUCGUCCCACUCCUGGCUCCGCACGGACUUCCUCUGUAAUCUCAUUUGAAUUGAGGAGUGACUCACUUUCAUAAGCUCUUUGCCUCAGGAUGUUCUUGGUGGGGCUGACAGGAGGUAUUGCCUCAGGGAAAAGCACAGUGUCUUCUAUGCUGCGAGAGCUUGGAUGCCCCAUUAUUGAUGCUGAUGAUGUGGCCAGGAAAGUGGUGGAGCCCCACAGUUUGGCCUACCGCCGCAUCGUGCACCACUUUGGGCCUGAGGUCCUGCUGGAGAGCGGGGAGAUUGACAGAAAGAAGCUGGGCCAGAUCAUUUUCGCCAACGAGGAGAAGAGGAGGCUGCUGAACUCCAUCACCCACCCAGAGAUCCACAAAGCCAUGCUCAAAGAGAUGGUGUUCUACUUCCUGAGAGGGUACCGCUAUGUGGUGCUGGACGUGCCGCUGCUUUUUGAAACCCGGCGUCUCACACAAUUUCUCAACCACACUGUGGUGGUCUACUGCGACCCUGCCACUCAGCUGUUGCGCCUGAUGCAGAGGGACGGGCUGACCCAGGAGCAGGCCGAGCAGCGCGUCGCCGCCCAGAUGCCGCUCAACGAGAAGCGCGGCCUGGCCAAGCACGUCAUCGAGAACUCGGGCAGCCGGGAGGACACCCACCGGCAGGUCCUGCGGCUGCACACCAAGCUGGAGGACUCGAUGGAGUUCCUCUUGGUGAGGGUCAUCGCAGUCGCCGCCACUGCCGGGCUGGGCGGGAUCCUCCUCUACGCAGCCAAGAUGUUUUUUUCCUAGCAGAGGGGUAGAGGGGUGUGGCCGCGGAUGCCGAGUGUAGUCAGAAGUAGGCGUAGCCAGGUCCGAGUUACCGACACAAUAAACUGUGAGAUUAGUAUCGCAGCACCCGCCGCUGCCGCCCUGGAGCUCAGUGGCGCGGUGUGCUCUGUUGGGACUUCAGGACGUAACGUUAUCGACAUAUAACUUGCACUUAUAACUGUGGUUUAGUGACUCAGAGGGGUUUCAUGUGCAAUUUUUUUGUGGGUAAAAUGAAGUUCAUACCGUAAUGCCUGCUAAAAUCCUUGUUUUGUUGCAGCAGUCAGCAUCAGUAACAUCAACAAAACCGUUAACAGUAGGAACAGUUUCAUCAUAAUUUGUUACACAUUUUAUCCACUUUUUAGAAACUUGGUUGAUUUUAUAGAUUGUAAGUGGAACCACCAGGAGGAGGAGCAAAACUGUACAUUUUUGCCUCCUGUUUUGUUCAGGACUCCCCAUGGUUUCUUCAGUUUUUUUCUUUUAGCAGCCCAUUACUAAAAUGUUUUUCGUAGUGUAAACAUUUAGCUGGUAUGUUACCCAACAGCUCUCACUCAAAGUAAUGUCUACUAGUACAUGACGGCAAAGCUCACUUUCAAGAAAUUAUUUUAAUUUUGGUGGAAUACUCCUCGUAGGACAAAGGUAUUAGAAAUAUGAAUCACCUGACCCUUUCAGAAUGUUUUAGAAUCAUGUUUUAUUGACCUGCAUAAUGAAGACAAACUGUAGAUGUUGAAGAGGAAAGGACGUGUUUGACAAUCCGCUUUUCACGCAAACCGUGUGAAUUUACACACAUUUUGUUUUUAGGAAGUUAUGUGAAUUAACGGGCAGACUUUGUAUCUACCACUGUAUUUUCCUACACUUUGCGCUGUCUUCUGUAAAUACCAAGUCAGUGAUGCUUUUUUUUUUUUUUUUUUUUUUUAAAUAUGCACACUCUCACUUGUAACUAAUAUACAUACUUUGUAAGAUCAGCUGCUUUACUUGUCAGAGAUGAAUGUAAAAAAUCUUACACUACUGUUUUAAAGUAACCAGAAUGUCUCAACCUCCUUUGCUUGGAUUUUCAUUAGUUUUUAUUGAUAAAAUAAACUCUAAUCUUAUACCUCACCAGUCAA